UCCGGGGAGACCAGAUCUAGUGAAUGCAGGGUCCUGGGGAGACCAGAUCUAGUGACUGCAGGGUCUGGGGAGACCAGAUCUAGUGAACUGCAGGGUCCGGGGAGACCAGAUAUAGUGAAUGCAGGGUCCGGGGAGAGCAGAUAUAGUGGAUGCAGGGUCCGGGGGAGACCAGAUCUAGUGAAUGCAGGGUCCGGGGAGACCAGAUCUAGUGACUGCAGGGUCCUGGGGGAGACCAGAUCUAGUGACUGCAGGGUCCGGGGAGAGCAGAUAUAGUGAAUGCAGGGGUCCAGGGAGAGCAGAUAUAGUGAAUGCAGGGUCCAGGGAGAGCAGAUAUAGUGAAUGCAGGGUCCGGGGAGAGCGGAUAGGGUGAAUGCAGGGUCUGGGGAGACCAGAUAUAGUGAAUGCAGGGUCUGGGGAGACCAGAUAUAGUGAAUGCAGGGUCUGGGGAGACAAGAUAUAGUGAAUGCAGGGUCCGGGGAGACCAGAUAUAGUGAAUGCAGGGUCCGGGGAGA